CCUCGGGCUACCUUUACCCCACAUGUACUACAUUUGACUCUUCGUCGGGUUGCGACGCUGCACCCAUGCUUUGUCACAGCCGAUGAAUCUGUGCGUCGUCAGGCCCUUGUGGUCGUGAAUUACAUCACCUUCUCUAAUUUACUUGGGCUUCUCUGAUAGCCCUACUCCUCGCGAUGAGCGUUACCGACGAUGGGCUAAACGACAUCUACGAGGCCCUGGAUCGCUACAACUGGGACGAUGACAUCGAGUUCCAGGCCGGUCUGCAGGCCAUCAUUGGCAGCAAUAGCACACCGGAACAGACGACCGAGCUAGCGUUACGGGCGCGUUGUUUCUACUAUGCGAGGAAGUACAACAAGAACAUCGACUUCAACGCCUACAAAGCCUACCGUAGCGCACGCAACCGCCCGCCUCCAACCCCACCCACACCCCACAACGUCCUCGCCUCAUCCGUCGUAGACGAGAUGCUUCCAGCCGGCACUACACCAAACGCAUCUACAACAAGUCUACCCAUGACGAGCGACCUCCCUCCAAGCAGCGAGCCAGGAGGUAUCAUGCCCCCGCCAACAACCACAGCUGAACCACCCGCGCCGUACCCCACAUCAUUCGCCCACAUCGUCGAGCUGAUCACAAGCGGAAAGCCCGUACCAGGCAUCAAGGAGAUCCCGCCUACAGUACUAGAAGGCCAAGGCACAGAAGCUAGUAAACCGAAGAGGAAGAAGCCGUGGGAGAAGGACGAGGCGUGAUGUCCCCCCAUCCUAUAAAAUAUAGAUUCCAAUAUCGACUGACAAGUAGACGGGCGUGGCUCCGUAGUUGCAUAACGGAAAUUGAAACGUUCCAUCUAUGCUCAAAAUGCUUGCUUGGUCAUGGUGCUAACUCUUCUGCUUGGUUCUCUCAGUCGCUUCCUUAGCUUUCGCAGCCUUGGCAGCGGAAGAAGCGACUGAGAGAAUGCCCAAGCAGAAGUCUUACCAUGACCAAACAAGCGGUUCGUAUCUUCGAAUCGCCAAUCCAACAUAGGUACAUGCAGAAGAGGCACACAUGGAAUGUCGUCAAGGGUGUGUUUGAGCUGUAGAUACCAAUGAUGGUAAUGAGAUACCCACGCAGACGGGAUUCGUAGGUGCGCGGAAGGGGAAUGUAUGAAUAUGUGAUCGAGAUACAACGAUACUAUGCAUUUAGUCCAA